UGGUCAUGCUGGCAACCCUAGCAGUAUUGCAGUGUUCAGUUUUUAGGCCAGUUCCAGCACCAAAACUCGUUAUUGUUGCUGAUAAAAGAAAAUAAAAACAAGAAUGAUUGCAAUUAACCUCUAAUGAGGGUGUUUGACCCUCAAUCAGUGUUAUUGGACUGUUAACCUUUAGUUCUAUUCCCCAGCAACAACGAUCAACUGCAAAUGGUCAGGAAAAGCGCAAGUGGUGGAGUUAAUUCCAUUGUGAAGGGAGGGGGUAGUAUGCCCAGUAAUGAAGAAUGUGGAAUUCGCGAUGUCUGGGGACACAAUUUGGAGGAGGAAUUUCGUACUAUUCGGAAGGUCGUCCAGCAGUAUCAGUACAUCGCUAUGGAUACAGAGUUUCCUGGUGUUGUCGCAAGGCCGAUAGGUGAAUUUCGUACUUGCGCUGAUUAUCAAUACCAAUUGUUACGUUGUAAUGUCGAUCUCCUGAGGAUCAUCCAACUGGGUUUAACUUUUCUCGAUGAGUCAGGCAAUCCACCAACCGGGAGCUAUACCACAUGGCAAUUCAACUUCAAGUUCAAUCUGCAAGAGGACAUGUAUGCACAAGACAGCAUUGACAUGCUCCAAAACAGUGGAAUACAAUUCAAAAAGCAUGAAGAGGAAGGAAUUGAGCCCCUAAAUUUUGCUGAGCUCCUGAUGACAUCUGGAAUCGUUCUUGCCGAUGAUAUCAAGUGGUUGUCCUUCCACUCCGGUUAUGAUUUUGGUUAUUUACUAAAGCUACUCACUGAUCAGAAUCUGCCACACGAGGAAAGUGAAUUUUUCGACCGCCUCAGGAUAUAUUUUCCCACAAUCUACGACGUUAAGUACCUCAUGAAAUCAUGUAAAAAUCUGAAAGGGGGACUUCAAGAAGUCGCUGAACAACUCGAGUUACAACGAGUGGGGCCUCAGCACCAGGCUGGCUCGGAUUCUUUGCUCACGGGAAUGGUCUUUUUUAAGAUGAGAGAAAUGUUCUUCGAAGACAACAUCGACGAUGCUAAAUACUGCGGCCAUUUAUACGGCUUGGGCACUUCAUUCGUGGUCAAUGGCUCUGGAGGGUACCUCGACAGUAAUGGUGACAACUCAUCCUCCUCGUAAUGAUCGAAUAACCGAGUAGAACCUCUAAAAUUGAUUAGUGAACAACAGCUUUACACAGAGGAAAAAAAAUGAGAGACAACCUUUCACAAUGAUAGAUCAUCAAUCGUGAUUCUCCCCCUUUCUACGUUUUCAUUACAAAAGACAGAUGAAAACCCCACAAAAUAUGAAUUCACAGUUAAAUAAAACGAGAUAAUUGGAUUUUCCCCUUAAGGGAAGUGUUUUUGAGAAAAGUGUAUUUAUAGAAUGGCUUUUUUGGUAACAAAACAAAUUCAUAAAAAAAAAAUGCAUAAAACGAUAUACUGUUCUUGAUGUUUCGUAUUCGAAAGUGACUUUCCUCUAAUUUGUGAAACUAAUUUAAUACAUUCUAUUUUUAUUUAAACAAUCGCAAUUCAGCAUUUAGAGCAUUAUGCCUUGGACUUUCCGAUAAUUUUCGGUUGAAUAUUUAUUCAGAUUAGUUUUGAUUAAAUCAAAUUGAUUACACGUUUCACAAAUUCAGUGAGGUAGAAACUAUUGUACAACUGCCAUGUUGAAUUGGUUCAUUUAAAAGAUGAAAGGAAAAAUAUAUAUGUAUAAAUGAAAA